AUGGCUCUGAUCCAACCUCCUCAGCUCAAGAGAGCCCAUCUACCCAAAAGUGGCGUUCGCAUGUUCUACCGUGAACUGGGCAGAGAAAUCGGUCGCAAAACGAUUCUUCUACUUCACGGCUUUCCAUCGUCGUCCCAUCACUAUAGGAAUCUACUUCCCAUCCUCGCCAAAGAGUAUCAUGUCAUUGCUCCGGACUUCCCAGGCUUCGGCUUCACGGAAGUGCCCGAAGGUUUCAAAUAUUCGUUCCAGUCACUCACCGACACGCUCGCCGAGUUUUUGGAUAAGAUAUCUUUGACGAAAUUCUCUAUGUACCUCUUUGACUACGGUGCUCCCAUAGGCCUUCGCCUGGCCUUGCAACGUCCAAGUGCCGUCGAAGCCAUCAUUUCGCAAAAUGGCAACGCCUACGCUGAAGGGUUCGGUGAUGUCUGGGGCCCCAUUCAGGACUUCUGGAAAAGCGAAAACUCCGUGGAAGACCGCACAAAAAUAUCGAACGCUAUGUUGACGUUCGACAUGGUCAAGUUUCAGUACAUCGAUGGAACACCCACCGCUAGCGACAUUGCACCAGAGUCAUAUGCUUUGGACUACGCUCUCCUAGAGCGUCCUGGGAACAAAGAUAUCCAAAUUGAUCUUUUUAUGGAUUAUCAAAAUAAUGUUGCCUUGUAUGAAAAGUUCCAGGAGUACUUCCGCUCUUCCCAAGUGCCACUCCUGGCUGUCUGGGGCAAAAACGAUGUUUUCUUCGUCCCGGCGGGCGCUGAGGCUUUCAAGAAAGAUCUGCCUGGUGCGCAGAUAAGUCUCAUUGAUGCCGGUCACUUUGCCUCUGAGAGUCAUCCUCAAGAAAUUGCGGACCAGAUAUUAUCUUUCUUGAGGUGA